AUGGGUUAUUUUUCUCACAAAGUUGAUCCAACCAAAAUCAAGGCAGGAGAUCAUAUCUACGCUUGGAGAACUGCCUACACUUACUCGCAUCAUGAUUCAUCAGGUAUUUAUGUUGGUACAAACAAGGUUGUUCACUUCACUGCUCCUGACGAUUCAGGUUCUGGUUUCUCAUGGCUUUCAGGUUCAUGCUUCGGAUCUAUUGACUGUGGAUGCUCACAACCUAAAAGCGGAAGCAGUUCUGGUUCAAGCCGCUUACUUAACUGUGGAUGCUCACAACCUAAAAGUGGAAGUAGUUAUAGUUCUAGCUUGUGUUCUUGCUUAUCUUCAAAUCUGAACCAGCCAGUUGCUUCAUGUCUGAGCUUUCCUGACUGUGGAUUUCAGCAACGUGGGAGUGGAGUGAUCCUUUCUUGUUUGAACUGUUUUGUUGGAACUGGAUCUUCGUACCUCUAUCAGUAUGGACUGAAUAAAUACGUGUACAUGUCCAAACUGCGUGGUGGCACUUGCACCAUUGCAAAGCAGACCCGCCCCAAGAUGUGA